AUGCGAUCAAAUGUUAGUUGGACUAAAUCUUUUCUUUACCGGAGGUAUAUUAUCAACAAGUUCUCAAUAUUUCUCAUAUUACAUAUCUCGAAAUUAUUUAAUUCUGAAAUCUCCACAUUUUCUCCCUUUUUGUCUGAUGAGAUUUAUGUUCCAUUUGGAUUUACUUCAUCUGUCUAUGAAACAAUUUUAAUUGAUGAUGGAAGCUCUCACCAGUAUAUUAUUCCAACAAAUGAACACAUGGGAGUUCCUGAACCCUUUAGUGGAAAUCCAUCUGGGGAUGUUGUAUUCAACAUUCUCAAUGAUGACAUUCCUAACUCUUUUCAAGCAGCUUGCAAAAAACUGGGGAAGUUCUUUUUCCUGCAUCUUUAUGCUUCUUUUGAUCGACCAACUAACCAUAAAAAGCGUAGUUAUCGCUUCAGAAUUGAAGCAGUGUUCACUUCUCACAACACCUUAUCAAUUAAACCAAUUAGUCUAAGGAAUGUCACGGAGGUUGUUGUAAACAUUCUUGAUGCACAGGAAAACUGUCCAAUAUUUGCUAGGAACGUUUAUCAAUUCAGCGUCCCUGAUAAUGCCAGUCUUCAGGAGACUAUCGGCAAACUUUCUGCUAGUGGUCCCAGUUCUGGAGUAAUUGCUCAGAAUUUUUUCUACUUAGAUCCUGCAGAAGUUAUGACCCCUUUUCGUAUUGAUUUGCACUCAGGUGAUAUAUUUCUCACUCGCUCUUUGACAAGUCAGUCUACAAAUUUCGGUUAUCCAGAAUUUAUGCAGAUGGAAUCGGAAUUCGACGCUUUCGGAGUACCAAACUACACUUUCAAUGUUUUUGCUGAAAGCCGCGGUGGUCAUGACCGCAUACACUGCAAUACGAUUAGUGUAACCAGGGUUGAAACAACAAUAAUUAAGUCUAGACAUUCAGAUCUAGUGAUAAAGGUGGAACCAUUUGAGGGCAUCAACGUACCUGGUACGGCUGGUGUUGCCUACGCUCGUGUUCAUGUUAUUGAUCCACUUUCUACCGUUAAUUCAAGAGUGAAACUGAAGAUUUUAGAACCAGAUGCAAAAGAAAAGUUUGAGCUUGUACCGAUGCGUGAGAAAAACGUAUGGUUGAUUCUAGUUAAGUAUGAUAUGUCCUCCAUUUCUUUGAGCUCGUUGGUGGUUUUAACCCUGGAAGCGUACGUGGUUACUCCCACUGAAACAGAUGAAAUUAUGAGCAUGGUCAGCAAGCGCUUGUCACAUCUGAAAGUUAGCAUUCCAGUGGUUUCCAAGCUGAAGUACAAAUUAUCCUUACCUGCUGAAAUUCGAUUCCAAGUUUCAGAAGCCGCUAUUGUAAACUCAACGAUUGGAGUUUUAAAACCAUCUGCACCUUUCAAUUUGACGAAUGCAAGCUAUGUUUUUACAGACCUUCGGAGUCAGUAUCAGAAGUCAAAAUUAGGAGAAAAGAUAAAGUUGACAAAAAGCGGCUACCUUGUUGUUGUACAGCCACUUGAUUUGGAUAGUGAUCCUGAUGUUCAAAACUCAUUUCGAACUUCUGGUAGCAGUGUAAUCACUAUUCCUUUCAAUGUUGUGGAUGGCAACAACCUAUUAUUGAGUAGCGCAUCAGAGUCGCGUAUAGUUGUUGAAGUUUUCGACGUCAAUAACUUGGAUCCUAUUGUACAAAACAAUGGGUCGACAUACGAAGUACCAGAAAACGCUUCUGUAGAUUCUCUUAUCUUGUCAAUCAUUGCAUAUGAUCCGGAUAUAUCACAUACAGAUCUUUCGUACGUCUUAUAUGAUAAUGACGUCCUUCCGUUUUCGUUAUCUGGUUCUCGUCAUGACAAGCUAGUAGUGUCAAGGCCUCUAGAUGCAGAAACGAUGCCAUCUGAGUUUGUGGUGCGUGUUAGGGUAACAGAUUCUGGAGUUCCAUUGCCUCGUAGUGUUCUUGCUAUAUUCUUCAUUCGAAUUCAGGAUAUUAAUGAACACUCUCCAGUUUUUGUUGAGGAUUCUUGCGAAAUUUCAUUACCAGUCACAGAAGAAGGUUCAGUUUCUCUUAUGUCUGGUUCGUCUACGCCGAAUUUGAAGAUAGGUAGGUAUUUCGCUGAGGAUUUAGAUCGAGAUGGCCAAAGUUCUAUAACUAUACAUAUUGCUGCACGUAGUUUUCCAAGACCAUGUUUUAAAGUUGAUGAACAAACAGGGGACCUAAGUAUCAUCUGUUCGUAUUUGGGGUCACCAGGGACUCAAAUUAUCCUCAAUUUACAGGCUUCAGAUGGCAGUAAAGUUUCCAAGAAGUCGUGCAAUUUGUCACUAAAUCUGGUUCCUAUUCAAAUAGCUGGGACCAAUUUUACAAAACGUUGCAAGUCAUCUCAUAUAUAUGAUGAAUUGCAGGCUUUGAAAGUGCAAAAACGUAGGUAUGAGUUUCUACUCAGCCAGAACACUCUUUAUGAACCUCAGUCCAAUCGUCAUCGACCACAAUUUCCAACGGAUUUACCCACUCGUAUACACAUUCCUGAAAAUCUUCCUGUUGGUACAGUUAUCUUAAAGUUCGCAGCUUCAGAUGAAGAUGGUGCAGAUUAUUCAAUGGCUGGUCAAGUUGUCUAUGGAUUAGAAGCUUUGAGGUCAAUGGCUUCCGAAACUGAAGCACCAUAUGUAACAGACAUGGAUAUUAAACAAGCUUUCCUGCUUGUGCCGAAUUCUGGAUUACGUCGAGAGUAUAAUAAAAACGCAGCCACAGUUUGCUGUGGUGUGUCUCUUAUUGUUGCUGCACCUCUAGAUCGGGAAGUGAUUUCCAGUUAUAGUUUGAUUUUACAUGCAUGUGACUUGGGGCAGCCACAGUUGUGCACUUUCUCUCCACUACAUAUUUUUCUUAGUGAUCUAGAUGAUAAUGCCCCUGAGUUUCUCCAGCAAACAUCAGUUUCUCAAGCAUUUGAUGUUGCUCAUAUCCCAACUAACCCAUCUUUACCAACACCUGUUGCACAAGUUGAACAGAGUGUGGUCUCAGCUCAUAUUAGUGUUCCUGAGGAUGUACAGCCUGAUUCAAUACUGGGUCAAGUUGGAGCUCUUGAUCGUGAUGUUACAAGUGAAAUACGUUAUCAUUUGUUAAAUUUUCAAGAUAUAUUCAAGAUACACUCUCGAACAGGCAAAAUUCGCUUGAAAACAAAGCUGGAUCGAGAAACUCAGGGAGUUUAUGAACUCUUAGUCUCAGCAGUUGGGUAUCCUCGUGGAAACCAUCAGGUGUCUGAGUUCAAAAUACCAUAUUCUGACCUAAUGCAAGUUUCUCGAGCUGUGGAUUAUAAUGCUCGUCGUUCUGUCACUACGCGUGUUCGUGUAAUUGUAACAGAUGUAAACGACAACCCUCCAGUAUUCCACUCACCUGGUCUUCCUCAAGAAUCUCAUUACAUCUAUAAGAACUUGUCUGAUGUGAUUGGUUUAAACGCUUGGUUUGGUACUGAUGGAUACAUUGUUUAUGUACCUGAAGAUAUUCCUGAAGGUGCUUAUAUAACAACAUUGAUGGCUACUGAUAAAGAUGAAGGUAUGAAUGCAUUCAUCAGAUAUAGUUUAUUUGGAAAGCAAGAGAGUAGUGCAACUUGCUUCCAUACUGAUCAGCUUACUGGCGUUGUACGUUUAGCAGCAGGGUGUGAUCUGAGAAAAGGUACUCGCACUCAUAUACUUACUGCAUGGGCCAUGGAUCAUGGUGCUUCACAGUUGUAUGCCAAUAUUUCAUUCAUAGUGCAUGUCCUAUCAGUGAGAUUCAAUGUCUUUCCACCACGUUUCAUGAAUCACCCUGCACUUUUUGGUGGGUGGAUACGAGAGAACCAGCCUUGUGGGAGCUUUAUUUAUACAGAACGUAGUCUUGAGUCCAAAUUACAGUUAAAGGCAGUCGAUGUGGAAGGUCUCAAUGUUUUUUAUGCUGUGGUGGGUGGUUCCGGAUUCGGUACAUUUCGUGUGGAUGACGAUGGUUUUGUACUCAGCACGAAAGAAAUAGAUGCUGAGGCUGUACAAGACGAUGGUGGCUUUUGGUUGGUUGUUUACGCGAUCGAGUCGUUGCACCGUUCCACCUACUUAAAGUCUAAUUCCGAUAGCUUAGAAUCGCUUACAAUAUCAUCUGCAUCUAGUGGACCACUGCAUGCUAUUGCAGAACUAUUUAUUGAGGUGAUUGACGAAAAUGAUCAUUCCCCUGUAGCACAGGUUCCACACUAUCACUGUCAACUGUUUGAAAAUUCCCCUGCCAAUGUUGUCGUAGUGCAUAUCACAGCCACUGAUUCUGAUAAAGAUGCAACCAAUUUAAAGUAUCGUUUGACGACUGGUGAUCCUCAAGGUCAUUUUAUAAUAGACAUAAACACAGGUAUACUGUCAACAACAGAACGUUCUCUGGAUCGCGAAGCAGUUUUAAAAGAUACGGGGAAAGUAGAAUUAAAUCUUGGGGUCACCAUAUCUGAUAGUGAAUUCAAUCCACGAACAACUGAAGUUUUUGUUACAGUUGAAUUAUUAGAUAUAAAUGACAAUCCACCUGAGUUUAUCUAUACUUCUCCAAGUGAAUUAGCAAGUCAUGUGAUGAAUACAGAAAAUCCAUUUUAUCAUUUUCAGUAUUAUACAACAAAUUCUUCAAAUUCUCUGAUUUGUGUUGGACGUGUGUUUGCCUUGGAUUUGGAUUCUGGAUUGAAUGGGACAGUGGUUUAUGAACGUGAUCAUUCAGUUGAUUUUCUGUCGUCAGGGAGUGAUGAUUUUCUUGUGCUUCGAGACAGUGGCCUAAUUUGUACUAAAGGUGGUGUACCUCCAGUUGGUGAAUACAGGAUGCAUGUAUUUGCUAGAGAUCAAGGUCAUCCUGUUUUACGUACAGAGAAAGCGAAAUCAGCAAUUGUUUUUGUUCGUAUUCUUCAACCUCCAUCCAGUGAUAUAUCAUCUGAAACAAUUGAAGGAAUUCAUCAUAUAAGGUAUACAUCUACUCCACCAGCUAUUCAUUCAGUUGAUGACAACACUGUUGUUGGUAAAAAGAUGUUCAACUUUGCUGUUCAUGAUUCGUAUGAUCCAAGUGGUAUGGGGUUGGUGUUUGAACUUUUGACAUCCAAUCAUUCUUACCAUCAUCCAUUUGCAUUGGGUUAUUCUACACCUACAAGUUUAUUCGUCUAUUUGGCGGAGCAGUUGGACUACAAUUCACUGUCUGUUCAUAACUUAUUAUUGAUCAUUUCAAAUGGUUUAGAAAUGAUAACUACAAAGAUACAAAUCAAUGUACAAAAAGCAAUUCAUUCAAGUCCAAGGUUUUCUAUCAGUUCGAUCACCUCAGAACCGAACGUCAGUAAUGUAUCUGUUGUUGACUUAUCUCUACAACAAAACUCAACUAUUCAAAAUUGUUGCCACCAUAUUCUUAUUCAUGUAAAUCUAACUGAGUCGACAUUGACUGGAAGUCUUGUUUGUCGGUUAACUGUUAAUGAAUCGGAAAAUGAUGCUAUUCAUAGGCUACAUUAUGCAAUCAUGUCUGUUGAACAUAGUCAAACAUGGGAUUUAUUCACUUUGAACGAAUAUACAGGUGAACUGCGUGUCAAUGGGGUUUUGGAUCACGAAACUAUUCAGCAUCAUUAUAUCUUGGCUACAGUUCGUUAUUCGGAUGUACGUUCGUAUUCAUCCUAUGCAACCAUAUAUGUGCAUGUAUUAGAUACAAAUGAGUAUGCUCCACAAUUUCUCGGUUUAUACACACCUUCAAAUGAAGGGACUCAACUCAUAAGUAUAAUAGAUAAUGAUUCAGUGCCUCAAUAUUUGGGGAGCUUUACAUUUUAUACAUCAGGUUUAAAUCCUAUAAAUAGUUCGGUUGGUUGCGUCACAGCGUUUGAUCCAGAUUCUGGUGAAAAUGGGCGAAUAGUAUAUAACAUCAUAAAAGGUGAUACUGCUGAUUUCUUUGCCAUUGAACCUGUGACUGGAUGCAUAACAUUAGUGAAAUCCCUUCUCCCUAAUUAUGCGUAUUCUAACUCUGGAGAGUUUAUCUCACGUGUAAAUUCAAAACAUUUUGUUCGAACACAUCGUCUCGUUGUAUCUGCAAGUGACAAUGGGACACCUGUAUCAAAAACUAACUAUACACAAGUUAAGAUUCAUAUUGUCCCAGGUCCUGGGGGAAUCGAUGCACCAGCUCCUCGUUUCGCCUUAAAUAGUGUACUUCAUUUAUCCGCUCAUGAGAAUUUACCACCUAGUACAGUACUGGCCCCAUUGAUGCGUCAACUUACUCCUGAUUCUGCAAUUCCUGGUUUUAUUACUUUUCGGCUAGUUAGUUCCAAGCCAAUGAAUGUGCUAUCCCAUUCUUCUGUAGCUUCAAAUUUUUCCAGGAAUUUAUUUCAUGUAACUGUUGAUACGGGAUUAUUAAUUACAUCGGUUCGGUUGGAUCGAGAAACAGAUGGCGAAUUUCACCUUCUUGUUGUAGAAGUUAUCGGCACAGGUGGUAUUCGUAGUAUGUUCUAUGACCGUUUGAGCAUUCAAGUACGAAUUCUUGAUGUGAACGAUAAUCCACCGAAAAUCAUUGGUCCUAGUCGUAUGACAGGUGUGAUUUCUGAGGAUUCAUCGCCAGGUACUAUGAUCGUUGGUCAUUGUUUAGAAGAUUAUUCGAUCAGUUGUGAUACAAGCUAUAUUGGAGCAUUAAUUUUGAAGGUGACUGACUUUGACUUGGGUAUAAAUGCAAAACUUGUCUAUACGUUCGUUGGACCACAAGCGGAAGAAAAUGAUCAGUUGUUUGUGAUUGAUAAUUCAACUGGAGUGUUACGUCUUUCCGAUAAUGCAUUGUUAGAUCGUGAAACUAAAGGACAUUAUAUUCUAAUGAUUGAAGUUUCUGAUUCUGGUAAACCUUCUCUUACUGCUGAUCGGUUAAUAAGAAUUAGUGUUGAGGUUACAGAUGUAAAUGAUAGCCCACCAAUAUUUACAGAUCCAUACCAUCUACAAUCUACAUUAUUUUUGCCAACUUAUCCAAAUGAACUAAUUUUACAGCUUAAAGCCGAUGACCCAGAUUUGAAUGAUAGUGUUCACUAUUAUCUUGUUGGCGGUGAUGGUGCUGAACACUUUACUAUUGAUGAAAAUGAUGGUCUGUUACGUGUGGCACCGAAUUCUAGUCUUUCGAAGAUAAACAUACCUCAUUCUUUCUCAUCAAGUGACCAAGCCUUUUUCCUACACGUUGAAGCCAUUGAUAAUCAUAAACCAAUUCCUCAUAUUAGUCGUUCAAAUAUCACUAUAUUUGUGCGUAGUGUACAUACUGUUCGGGAACCGAAAACUCUCAUUAUUGAUCCUGUGGAUGGCUUAAAUGUUGAGGUUGAAGAACAUUAUGCCGGUUCAGAAUUGCUAAAACUAGGUCAACUGUCUGUUCGUAAUUCUCCUGUUGGUACAAUUUAUAGGUUUAUUACAUUGACUCCACACUCUGGUAUUUAUGUCCAUCCAUUAACUGGAAGUGUUUUUGCCACUGGAAAACAGAAUGCAACUGAAUUAGAUCGUGAGACCACUAAAAAUUUCACGAUGAAUAUUCUUGUACGUGACGCUCAGAACCAUGUUGGUACUGGUGUUAUAUAUGUACAUCUAUUGGAUAUCAAUGACUUUCGACCUCAAUUCAUUGGAUUACCCUAUUAUGUGGCCUUUUGUGUUGGUUCUGGCUCCAGUUUCACUUCAAUAAAUGACCGACAGUCCAGUAAAAAUGUCGAGUCUAAUCGUACCUGUAAAAGCCUUAAUCAAUUUAAAGUUACUGCUGUUGACAAAGAUGAAGGUAUAAAUGGAACUGUUGUAUAUAGUUUAACGAGUAUUCGACCUAGAGCUGAACCACCGUUGUUGUCGAUCAAUUCUACUUCUGGGCAUGUAUAUCUUCUUAGGAAUCUUCCAUCUGAUUGGACUGGCAGACAAAUUGAAGCUGUUGUUGCUGCAAUCGAUGGAGGUGGUCUUUCAUCCACAGCAACUGUCAAUAUCCAUUUAGUUGCUGAAAAUGGUCCACAAUUCUCGGCUAAUCUUUAUUCCGCUUCCAUCCUAGAAUCUGCUGCGAUCGGCGAAGCCGUUACAUCAGUUGAAGCUGUAGGCAUUGACAUCGGUGCAAGUUUGAUUUAUCGUAUUGUGAAUGCAAAGUCUAUAAAACUUGCACCUACAUGGCAUGGGGAUUUAUUUAAUGAACUUAAAGAACAGAAUCUAAUUGGAUUAGAGAAUUGUCCUUUUGCUCUGGAAUUUAAUACAGGUGUUAUUCGAUUCGCAGCUCGCGUAAAUCUUUUAAUCAACAUAACUGAUGUAAAUGAUGUUCAACCAGCAUUUUCAUUACAUGAAUAUUCUGUACAUAUACCUGAAAAUGUUCCAAUUGGUCAUCGAAUCCUUACUCUAAAAGCCUAUGAUCCUGACUCUGGUUAUGGAGGACAAAUCAGAUACAGUUUAGAGUUAUACAGCCUACAUCCUGAUUCUAGUCCUCAUUCCCAUUUUGAAUGUGAUCCUCAGACAGGUGAUAUAUUCGUUGCUAAGCAGCUGGAUUUUGAAACUGUACGUGAAUAUUUGUUUUGGGCUAUAGCAUCUGAUCAGUCUUCCGACCCAUUAGACGCACGUGUUCCACUUCAUAUUCAAAUUUUGGACUUCAAUGACAAUCCACCAUACUUCGAUUCAUCAUGGCCCAGAUCAGUUCCAAAUUCUUCUUUUACUGACUAUAUUCAUGGUGAGGAUGGUGAUGGUGAUACUAGUGAAAAUGGUCGGUCAAAAUGUGUUUACUAUGCUCAACUAAAUGAACGUUCUCCGAUCGGUACAGUUAUUCUGCAAUUAUCGGCUUCAGAUCCUGAUAUUAAUGAUUCUUUGUCGUAUAGUAUUAUUUCACUGCAUCAGAAUGAGACAUCCUAUUUUCAUCUUGGGCGAUAUGAUGGUGUACUGCGUUGGAUUCCUUUGGUGAAUGUCUUUGGAAAACCCAUCAUUACCACAAGUUUAAAUGAAGUAAUUGAAACUUUGGAUAGCGUAUCAUCGAGUCUUGAUUCAUCAAAUUCUGUAGAUCAAUUAAAAAUCAAAGUUGAAGUUACCGAUGGAUUACACUCGAGUACAUGUGAUGUCAUAGUUAAUCUUGAGCCAAGCAAUUGGGAUUCGCCUAGAUUUGAUCUACCGAAAUAUGAAUGGUGGGAAAUAUCAGAGCUAACAACUGUUGGUUCAAUUGUCAAUCGUAUUCAACCAGCUAAAGAUAUGGAUCGUGGUAAUUAUGGACGAAUAGCCUAUGACAUAGUUGGCGGUUAUGGACAGGAAUGGUUUAGCAUAGAUGCUAAUGAUGGUACUAUCCGCUUAGCUCAACCGCUAGACAGAGAGACGAAGAGUCAGUACAGUCUGUUGAUUCGUGCAAAAGACGGUGGUGAUCUAAUGGAUUAUAUGAAGUUGGAUAUUUCAGUUAAAGAUAUCAAUGAUAAUCGACCAGUAUUUACCCAAGUCAACUAUGAACUUACCUUAUUGCCUUCCAUGUAUAGUUCAUCAAUGGAGAGAAGUUUUCCAGUGACUUUGCCUUUACAGUUGAAAGCAUAUGAUGCAGAUGCAGAGGAGAAUGCUCACCUCGUCUAUCGAAUAUUUUAUCCACCUAAUCCUAUGAUACGUCGGAGUGAAGUAUCAAAAAGAUUUUCAAUUGAUUCAACUACUGGUACACUUAUCCUUAAUGCAGCCUUAUCGCCAUCUAUAGUUCAGGACAGUGAAGAACAGUUAUUGGUAGAGGCUUGUGAUUCCCCAGUCUAUGCUGAUUCUGUUGUAUUGUGCUCCAGUCCAGUGAAAAUUCAUAUACGAUAUUCUAACCAAUCGUCUAUAGUUUUACCGGAGAUCGCAUGUAAAUCUAGACCUUUGCUAGAGGAUGACAUUUUAGCCGAUCGUCAAGUGGGUGUAUGUGAUGUUAGACCUGCUAACUUAAGUCGAUUAUGGCGUUUGACCAGUGUAUUACCACCACCAUUACUAUCGAAUACUCGUUCUAUUAGCGAUUUGAACAAUAUUGAACAACAUCAACAAACGUUAUUUAGAAUAGAAUCUCAAACUGGUCGAUUAUAUUCAUCCAAACCUUUGAAUUAUGAAAUUCAGUCUGCAUAUGAAUUGAUUGUCGAGCUGCAUACAGUAAUGUAUAAUGUUGCCAUUAUUAUACGUACAGAUGUGAAAAUUGAAUUAAUCGAUGUGAACGACUGUUCACCGUAUUUCGAUUCGUCUCUGUAUCGAGUUGAUAUACCAGAGGAUUAUCCACUGAAUGUUAAGUUUCUUCGAACUCUUGCUAUGGAUGAUGACAUCUGUCUUGGCUGUAGCGGUAGCGGUCAUCAUGAUAACCGUAAUGACGAUAUCAUGGGUACUAUUGAUAAACAAGAUAUAAUUACUUAUUCUCUUUGGCCAAUAUCUACUCUAGCCUCUGAACACUUCAGUUUACGUGGAAGUUUGAAGGAUCAACGUGCUCGUUUGGAAAAGUUAACUUUAUUUAAUCACGAGCUGCAAGCUUUACGUAACCAGUUUAAAAUAGAUGCGCAAGGUUGGAUCUCACUAAAUACUCCAUUGGAUUUCGAAUCUGGUCGAGAACACGUAUUUUGGGUUAUGGCUACUGAUGUUGUUGGACAUUGGAAUACUAGUCGAGUGCAUAUUAUCGUUCGCGAUAUAAAUGAUAAUCCACCUUUAUGGCCAUUAUCACCUGUAGGCAAUGAUUCAUUUGAAUCUAUUUUAUCUAUGGACUUGAGGAAGCGUCAAAUUUUGUCGGAUGAGAUCGAAAUUUUAGAAAACUGGUGGCCAUCAAAAGAAGAAGAAAUUAUUUAUCAGUUAGCUAUUAUGGAUCCUGAUAAGGAAGCAAAAUCACAGCCUCGUUUUUCUCUUAUCAAUGAACUUCCAUCCAUCGCCUCACCAUAUACCUCUCAUGAGAAUAGUUUUUAUUUCUAUGUUCAUCCUUCUGGUGCAUUAUAUCUUCGUCGGAAACUGGAUAAAGAAUUAUCACCUGUUUAUGUGCUUCGAUUUCAAGCAUCAGAUGGAUUAUUCGUUACUCAGGAUCAAUUCGUACUACGUGUAAUAGUUAAGGAUAUGAAUGAUAACGUACCACUUUGCCUACAACCUAAUCGAGUUAUUACUGUUCGUGAAGAUUUAAAACUGGACGCAAUUCUAACAACACUGAAUGCAACAGAUUCUGAUGUAGAUCCUCGUAAUUCACUCAUUACAUAUACUAGUAAAUUUCAAAAGUCAAAUAUUUUCUCCGUUGAUAGCCACAAAGGUAUUGUUACUUUGAAUGCUUCACUGGAUUUCGAAUUAAGUCAAGAACACGAAAUCAUAAUCGAUGCUUCAGAUCCUGACGGCUUUAGUUGUUCAUUUAAUUUAAGAUUGGUUGUCUUGGAUGUGAACGAUAAUCCUCCAGUAUUUGAUAACAUUGAAAUCAGCGCUAUUCCAGAAGAUGCACCUUUAGGAAGUCUCGUCGGGAAAAUUAAUGCACGCGAUCUUGAUUCUGUUGAUACAAAUCGACUAGUAUACAGUCUUCUUGACGCUCAUGAUGCUAGUUUCAGUAUUGAAUCACAUACUGGCUUAUUGAGAAUUAGCCGACCUUUGGAUCGUGAAGUGAAAAGUACUCAUACAUUAACUGUUUUAGUAACAGACGGAUCUACUCAACAUUCUGGUGCAGGUAAUCAAUCUGUUUCAUUUACAUCGAGUGCAACAUUCACUAUAAAAUUAUUGGAUGUUAAUGAUUCUCCUCCUCAAUUUAUCAACACAUCUGCACAUCGUAUAAAAAUAUCAGAACUGGCGCAUAUAGGUGAAAGGCUAACUCGCCUAAAGGCGAUUAGCCAAGAUGAAGGUGAUAAUGCAGUAAUACAUUAUCGUUUACUUACUAAACAACCUGAAUUUCGCUUGAAUGAAACUACUGGUGAUCUAUGGCUUCAAAAGUCAUUGGACUAUGAACAAACACCAGCAUACUUUUUAACGAUCGAAGCACGUGAUCGUGGCCAACCUCCAUUGAGUAGCACAGCUGUGCUAACUGUCCAUGUGGAUGAUGAGAAUGAUAAUCGACCACAAUUUAUGGGUAGACAACGUAUCCCAGAAAAUAUUGAACUGAAUAAACUUGAUGGAUCAUCAUCUCUUGACUCAGAUUUCUACCAGUAUUACUAUGCAUUUAGUGUUGUUGAGAAUAGUCGUAAUGGUACUGUUAUUGGUAAGCUGAAUGCGAUUGAUCCAGAUAGUGGAGAUAAUGGUCGUGUAAGUUUCCAUCUAGGCGAGGAUGUUGAUUUCUCUGCCUUGUUUAAGGCAUAUCAACAGGACUCAGCAUACACAGAAUAUUUAACAGUCACUGAGGCUAAAACACGUUUCACUUUGGAUUCAGAAUCUGGUAGAUUAAUACUGGCAUUCCAACCUGACCGGGAAGUAAUCAGUGGUUAUUGGUUGGCUGUACAAGUUGAAGAUCAUGGUAAACCGAUAUCGUUAUCUAGUCUAACAUUGGUUCAUGUACAAAUAUUGGAUAUUAAUGACUGUGCACCUACAUUUGAAAAACCCAGCUAUGAAUUUUACGUGGAGGUUGAUCGAUCUGGCAACAUAAGUACAUGUUCCGAAAAACAAAAUUCGUAUGAGGUGAACUGUCAGUCUAUAUCUGGUGGUAAUGUCUUAAUUGGUCGAUUAAGACUAACAGAUGCUGACGCUUAUCCAAAUUCUGGUCCGUUUACAUGUCAACUGGCCAAUUCUGGCUUCAUGCAAACUGUACUACAUGAUACGUCGUCUAGAUCGGGUACUAUAACCACUGGCAGUGCACUAUUUUCUGUUCGAACUAUGGAAAAUAAUCAGAGCAACUCUCAGUCCAAUGGUAAUGAUCAUGCAAGAAAUGAAACAGAUUUUAGUAGAGGAGAAUGUUUAGUGUAUGCCGUCGAUAAGUUACCUGUUGGCAGUCAAAGUCUAGUGAUACGAGCCAAUGACAAUGGUUUAACUGCAUUGCACACCACAACUACAGUUACAGUUCGUGUCAUUCGGAUGUCAAAUCUACCACCGGAAAUAGUGAAUACAAAUUCCACCUUAAUUUAUUAUCAUGGUGCAUACAAUGCGAAUAUAAUGAAUAAUAAUGCUGGGUCAACUGCUUCUAAACAAGAGCAGUCAAUACAAAAUAAAGAUGCAGUUAUAGCUCGAGUAACAGUAAAAGAUCGCACAACCCAUGAUCGACUAUUUUUUGAAUUGAUAAACGAUGAUACAUCAAAUUCAAACUUAUUCUCAGUUGACCAGUAUGACGGAACUAUUCGCUCCGCUGCUACACUUUCAUCUAGUGAUUCAUCUUCACGUUCAAGUAAAGCUGGAACGAAUUCACUCCACUACUCACUUAUUCAUCUUGAUUCGGGUAUUUAUCCUCUGCGUGUACGCGUUACAAAUGGAACACUUACCUCUGAGGCUGUAAUUCAUAUUAAAAUCAUAGCUAUAACUGAAGAAAUGAUUGAUUCUUCAUUGGUUAUUCGAAUUACAAACUUACUGCCUAAUCUAUUUUAUAUGGAAAACUAUAAUACCUUAUUGCAAAGCCACUUAUCUGAUCUGCUACUGGAAUCAAGGUUAUCCCAUCUGUUGCCUUUGAGUUCAACGACAUCCUUACAGAAUUCAUCUCAGGACAAUGUAUUUAUUCUUUCUGUGCAAGAAACCGACUUUCCAAAUCGUCACUCUUUUCCCACUUCUCCUUCCUCCUCUUCAAUGUUCCAAGGAAAUGGAUUUAAUCAGCCCCGUAGUAAACGUAGUCUUGACAGAGCAGUUGAUAUUCUCGUAGCAGUGUACGAUCCGAAAGAGAGAGAAUAUAUCAAACCACAAAAAGUUGCUCAAGCUGUCAAUGGAAUCGCUGAUCGGUUAGCAGCUGAAUUUGAUGGGGAAAUUGAAGCUAUUCAUGAUGUUUGUACUCCACAGUUUUGUCCUCGUGGUCGGUGUCACACAAAAGUUACAAUUGAUCCAAAUGGGGCAAUGAAUCGCAUUGAAGUCCAUCGUGUAAAUCAAGUAUCUCCUCGAUUCAUUUUAUCACCUGUUUGUCAAUGUCCAAUACAUUUUUCUGGUCUACUCUGUAAUACACCAACAGAUGCCUGUGCUCUAGCCAAUUGUCCUGCCUCUCGAAUAUGUGUCCCUCAUGGUCUAAAUGAUUAUACGUGUAUAUGUCCACCGCCUCGUACAGGUCCUAAUUGUGAAUCACUUCUAAUCUACGGUAACAGAGAUAACUGUCAUUCAGAGGCGUGCUUUAAUCAAAGAGAAUAUGGACCAUUACAGUUCACAGGUGGAACAUUUAUUCACUGGGAAUUUGUAAAUCCGAAUCCAUUUUAUUUUGAGAUUAAAUUCUCAUUCCGAACUCGACAAACCAAUGGACCUUUAGUGUCUAUACGUUGGUCGUCAAUACGAACUUUUCAGUUGAGGCUAGCAAACAGUGGACAUUUGGUAAUUUCCCCAACAGGUUUAUCUAAUGGUCUACCAACAGAUGAUUGGUUAAUAUCUGCUGCACCAUUCACUGAUGGUCAUUGGCACCGUGUACGAUUUGUUCUAAUGGCAGUAGACUCAAAUGCAGCUAAUCCAAUCGAUGCCUUGUUUCAUAAUUCAUUUUUCUCAGAUGAUGCCUCCCUUCAAUCAGAAAAAAAAUGGAGUCCUCGUUAUGCUGGUUCCAAUUGGUGGACUGAAUUAACUGUGGAUGGAAUAAAUCCUCAAUCUACUUUAAUCAAAUGGAGUCCAGGUGAUUCACAUCAGCAAGGAAUUCUAGUCGGUGCAGAUUUAGUAUAUGGAUUUCGUCCUUUAAGUGAACCUUACAAAUUGAUAGGUGUAAAUGCAGCACCGGAGAGUAAUCUAGUCUCUAAUUCAUCACAUACAAAACCUAUUGUUUUUCGUUCAGGAAUAGUCGGUUGUUUUCGUGAUUUCAGUAUUAACCGAAUUAAACCACCGUAUCAAGUGAAUCUCGUCCCUGAACAAUCGAAAUUUGUUUUCGGUCUGUCGUCGAAUCCUUCUCUACUGAUUGUUCGAACUCAAAAACUGGAUUAUGGCUGUCAGCCUAUAGCUACAAUAUCUGGAUCAUGUGCAUCUGGUCCAUGUUUGCACGGUGGAACUUGUGUGACCGGCUCAAAACCGUCAUCUAGUGUCUCGUCAUACAUUUGUGAUUGUCCUUCGCUGUUUCAUGGGAGGCAUUGUGAAAGAACGAAUGAUGCCUGCCUACUUUCUCCGUGUUACAAUGGAGGCAGUUGUCAAACUCUUAUGACAUCGAGUAUAUCCAAGACACCGUCUCAUUCUGGUUUGGCUGCCUAUCGUUGUGUUUGUCCAGCUGGUUUAUCUGGUCUACACUGUGAAGUUGUUCAUCCUGAAAUUGUAUCACAGGCUUUUGUGUCAAGUCAAUCAACAGACAAACGUGAUUCGACGUUGAAGCCUGGAGUUGCCUGUCAUACCGCUCAGUUAAUUCUGCAACAGGAUAUGGUAAACAAAAUACAACUCACCACUAAUUCCAAUUACCGUUAUGCAUUUUCCAUACCUUCUGCAUCGAAUAUAAAUCAGGACUCAAGAAAACUGGUGUGUUUGCACAGUGGCUCCUGUCUGGACUCACCUAGUGGUCCUCAGUGUAUUUGUCCAUCUGGUUGGCAAGGAGCACGUUGUGAGUAUGAUGUGGAUGAAUGUCGCUUAGUUAAAAGUGUUUAUUCAACUCAUCUUCAUGAAUCAACACCGUAUAUUAAAUGGCUAGAAAACCGUGCCAGUCCUAAUGGAGGCUUAUGCAGUCCAUAUAGUCCUGGUAGAGGUGUGUGUUUUAACACACCUGGUUCAUACCGAUGUAAUUGUUCUAUUGGAUUUUCCGGUCAGCAUUGCCAAUCGAAGAAUUUGGUUCCAUUGAUUCCUGAUACCAAUCCUCUUGGACUCACCACAAUUGUAUUAUUGGCAUGUCGCGCUCGUGGUAUGAUUGGUGGAACGUUAGCUGGUAGUCGUAGAUCUAUUAAGUCUCCCGGUUCAUAUUGGCCAAAUGGUAAUCAACAAACUAAGCCUGCAUGUAGAUCAUCAGAUCCUCGCUUAAAUCGGCUUAGCUACUCUGCUGGUGGAAGCUUAUCUGGGGUUCCUUUUAUAGCUGCUAGUCCAGCACACCCAGGUCACGUUGGUCACAUUGGUACUCAUCCGAGGUAUCAUAUAGUACCUACAGCUCAUCGUCGUCCAUCUCUGGCUUCAUCAACGUUUGGUUUUCCAGUUGCUAUGGAUGAAAGUGCUACUGCUCUGCUGAACAGUAACUCAGGGCAAAUGCCAUUUUCUUCGGAAGGUGUUAAACUUGGAGGAAAUUGCAAUGCAGCUGCCGCAUUGACAGAUUAUGCUGACCGUGAUGAUUCUGUCACUACAUGUAAUCCUGGUCUACUUCUUUAUCCCACAGCUAUGGGUGACCAAAUGCCUGUAAUGAUGAUGCUUUCUCCUCUCCCUGGUACGCAUGGGUCAGUUGGUCCAGGCAAUCGGGCUAGUGUAAUUGCACGUUAUUCACCUGCUUCUUCAGUCAUCUUCUAUGGUCCAGGCGCUCCCUCAGGUUCUGCAACUCCUACUAAUCAGGUCCAGUCUCCCCAACCUGGCUUUAAUGUCGAUCCAUCUGGUUCUGGUUACGUCUCUCAGCGUCAAUGUUAUGCAGGCUCUCAAGUGGCUCUAUAUCCAACGGGACACCCUACAUUCUUACCUCAUCCUCAAUCUCAUCAACAGCUUAUCCAGAUGAUUAACAUGCGUCCAAACUCUGUAGUGGGUUCUGAUCGUUUGUCACUUGGUUCAGGCAGUGAUCGCUUCUCUGCCCAUAGCAGUCAGGUUUUGGCACAACCCAACAGCACAUGUGCUAUGUCUUAUCCAUGCUGUUCUCAGUCACAAGCUCUAACACCUCAAUUAUACUACCAUCAAUCAUCAGCAUCUCAUCACCAACCUUGGACACCCCAUUUGGCAAGUAAUGGACACACUCAACCUAAUUUGCUAAUCAUGAAUCAAACUCGUGAGGAUUCUCGUUCUGAAGAAGCAUUUAUGACGUUAAGACCACAGAAUACUGACAACGUCAAAGCUGAUGACGUUAGCAAGUCCCAGUCUCCUGUAAAAAGCCAACCAAAUUGUGAAACUUCAGCAUCUGAAUUAAAUACUACUAUUACUUCUACUAGUGAUAACAACGGUGAGGUAAUCAAACCUCGUCCUGUUCCUGCCAGUCUUCAGCAUACAACAAGUGCAUUUGUUUUACAAGGACGGCAGCAUUCUGUGAGACAACAAAAUAACCAUGUUCCUACUGAUGCUCAACCGAAUUGUCGAAUUCGAAAUAGUACAAUUGGAGAAGCUAAUGGUUGCAUGAAUGGUCCAUGGGUAGAUGACAUCAGUUCAUCUCCUAAUCAUAUGCAAAAUAAUCGUACAAAAUUUGAUUCUAAUCUUGUGUCAACUUCUACACAUUCGAAUGAAUUACCAAGCAAUGCAACUAGUAAUGGUAGUGGUGUUAUUCAAAACCAGAUCCCAAAUAAAUUAGAUUGGUUUGGAAACAGCUCAGGUUAUCACCCACUUUUGCGAAAUAAUACGUGCAAUUCAUUUGAAGUAAACGGAAAUCACAAAGAGUCUCAGAAUGUUACAUCAGACGCCACAGCAGAAUUCACACAGAAAUCACUGACUAAUGGAUUGGCAACAACGCAUACAAAACAAUCAUCUCUUGUAAAUAAUUCAUGCCAUGAUACAAAAAGCAUCUCAACCAUAGAUGAUAUGUGA